CCUCCCGCCACCUCCCUCUAUUCGGACGGCUUUGCACCAGCAGCUCCGCACUGUGCCGGCCUGGAGAGGAGUAAGGGAGCGGAAAGAGGAGCGAGAAGAGAGGAUUUGCUGAAGCGAGGAGAGACGGACAGGGGAGAGAGGGACCAUGGCUGCUCUCUCUGCCUUGCUGAAGACCUGGGUUGUCCUGCAGACCUUGUGCCUGGCUCUGGCCCAAGUGAGGGGUCCACCUGGACCUCAGGGCCAGCCAGGACUGCCCGGCCCUUCUGGCACUCCUGGGUCGGAUGGCAUUGAUGGAGAGAAAGGACCUCCAGGCCCUCCCGGUCCAGUAGGGCAAAAGGGAGAGCCGGGGGAGCCGGGUCUCGAUGGACCACCGGGGGAAAAUGGCAUUGAUGGUUUGAUUGGAGCAAAGGGUGAUCGAGGUCCCAUCGGAAACCCCGGCCCCAAGGGUCAACCAGGUCCGAGUGGUGAGCCUGGACCCCCGGGAGCUGGCCUUCCAGGUCUGGCUGGGGCUCCGGGGCCGAUCGGUCUUCCUGGUGAAAUCGGACCAAAUGGACCAAAGGGUGUCAUGGGACCACCAGGACCUCCAGGACUUCCAGGACCUCCUGGCAAGCCUGGUCCCCCAGGAAAGUUCAUCGGCGGAGAAGAGGGCAGCGCUGAAUUCCAGUGUCCUCUCAACUGUCCAGCAGGACCAAAAGGCCCGCAGGGACUGCAGGGAGUCAAAGGACACAAAGGACGUGCCGGUGUUCUCGGAGAGCCCGGCAGCAUCGGAAAUUUGGGCAUAAAGGGAGACUAUGGCAUCUCUGGAGAACAGGGGAUCCCGGGACCUCCGGGUCCAAUGGGUCUGAGAGGCUAUCCAGGAAUGAUGGGCCCCAAAGGAGAAGCAGGCCCCCGGGGGUACAAGGGCAUCACCGGACCUGUUGGGCUUCCUGGGCCUCCUGGCGAGGAGGGGCCUCAGGGACCACCCGGAGAGGCUGGAGACAAGGGAGACAAAGGCAGCCAAGGCAUCCAGGGCCCACAGGGCGCAGUGGGCAAAAAGGGAGAAAAUGGCCUGCCGGGCAUCGACGGAAAAGACGGCACCCCCGGUAUUCCUGGAAUCAAGGGCGGCCCCGGGCAAGCUGGGAUGCCCGGUCCUCCCGGUCCUCAGGGAGCGGCGGGAUUACCCGGAAUUCCAGGUUCAAAAGGUGGACCUGGUGCCACGGGUGAGCCUGGGCCGAGAGGUCACGUCGGCAUGUCUGGUGCUCCUGGACCUUUGGGUGAGCCAGGUCUUCCAGGUGAGCCUGGUAUGGAUGGAGUCCCUGGACCUAAGGGGGACAGAGGCCAGCGGGGAGAAGUCGGGCCACAGGGAGUCAUCGGCAAGCCUGGCAGCAAAGGAGAGAGAGGCCCUAUUGGCAUCCCAGGUGCUCAGGGUCUCAGUGGAACUAAAGGAGACAAGGGCUUCCAAGGAAAAGUUGGGUCAAAGGGUGAUGUGGGCGACCCCGGCGUUGAGGGAUUGGCUGGCGAGAAAGGUGAAAAGGGUUUGUCUGGUGAACCUGGGCCCAAAGGACAGCAAGGGAUCCGGGGGGAUUCUGGGUACAACGGACCCACCGGAGACCCCGGUAAAGCAGGAGACCAGGGACCGGCGGGCCUGCCCGGUCCGAGGGGACUCAACGGGGAGCGGGGAGUUCCCGGCAUGCCCGGCAUUCAAGGCGCACCUGGGCGUGACGCGUCCGACCAGCACAUCAUCGAGGUGGUGCUGAAGAUGCUGCAGGAAAGGCUGGCCGCCGUGGCGGUGAGCGCCAAGCGGGCCGUGCUCGGAGGGGCGGGUGUGAUGGGACCUCCGGGGCCCCCUGGACCUCCGGGCUCGCCCGGCCCCCAGGGGCCGCACGGGCUGCCCGGAGCCCGAGGCAUCCCGGGUAUGAUCGGAGCGCACGGGCAGAUCGGCAACACGGGGCUGAAAGGAAAGAGAGGGCCGAAGGGAGAGAGAGGAGAUCCAGGUAAACCUCAUCCAGGUGCACCGGGACCUCCAGGAAUACAAGGUCCUCCUGGGAUUGAUGGCGUGGCUCGGGACGGUCGCCACGGCGAGAGAGGGCCUCAGGGAGCGGCCGGCGAGGCCGGUCGCCCCGGCAAGGCGGGCCCGCAAGGCCUCCCAGGCUACUGCGAGGCGGCGAUGUGUCUGGCCGCGUCGGCGUACACCUCCCCGAGACUACAGGAGGCAGGAACUAUCAAAGGACCCAGUGUGUAGAAGCCCCUGCCUCUCCGUCAGCACCUUGGAGAGGGCAAGUGAAGAAAAGAGAGAAGCCGAGGGACCACUCUUCUCAGGCGGACAGCAGGGGACAAUAAUAGCACAGUGACUGGAUGUAUGUAUGUAUAGCCCACCUCCCUCCCAGAACUCCCAACCUGAAGUUUCGACUGGUGGGACGUCACCAUCUUCAAUCCCUCCACCCAUCUCCAGCACCGGCUCACAGCCUCCCACGUCACCCUUGAAUUCUCCCAGAUGUCCAGGAACAGAUUCAUACUGCAGAGAGCGUGGUGAAGGGCGCCUUUCUUUUUCAUCGUGGUCACUUUAAAUGGUUUUGUAUGCGAUGUUUCUGUCCGAGACAUGUUUUGAAGUUUAAAUGCCCUGUCUCUCUCUCUCUCUCUCUCUGUCUCUCUGUCUCUCUCGCUCUCUGGCAGCGUCACACCUGAUGCCUUAAAACUGUACUAAAAAAAAAUAAAUAAAAAAGGACCAAUAAAUAAUUGCAGCCUAAAUUUCCACCAGUGCUGUAUUGUAAAAUGUAGUCUCUGUAAGCUUUAAGUGAAAUUCCCGACUUACCUCAUGUGUACAUUGCUCCCCCCCCCGUCUCCUCCCAUUCCCUGCUUUCUACCCAAGUCUCAUUUUAGAAACUAACGACUAGCUUUAUCUCUUCCUCUUGUUGCCUGGCAACAGCAUAUCCCGACGGGCACUCCCAUCUCCCACAAUGCAGUGCUGUAAAUCUUUGUAAAUGUGUGUUGAUUAUUAUGUAGAGAAAAAGGAAUGGGUUACAAUAUGCAACAA